AAGAGAACCGGUGAAGAUAAGGAAGUAAUAUUUUGCAAAAAAAUGUGUAACUAUGACUUAAAUCAUCUUGUGUUUAAGGUUUUAUGUCAAUUAUGUGUAUUUGAUUGAAAAUAAUUGCAAAGAGGCACCUAAGUUGUCGUCAGAUAUGAGAGCAGUAGAAGCCCUUGUCCUGCUAGUGUUGCAGUUUCUGUCAUUGACAGCAGCGCUUGAUAAUGGACUGGCCAGGACACCCCCUAUGGGUUGGAUGCAAUGGCAGAGGUUCCGAUGUAAUCUGAACUGCAAAGAUGAUCCAGACAAUUGUAUCAGUGAGCGGCUGUUCAUGCAGAUAGCAGACGCAAUGGCAAGCAAUGGAUACAGAGAUGCUGGGUACCAGUACGUAUCAAUUGAUGACUGCUGGAUGCUCCCAGAACGGGGACCGGACGGUCGUCUGCAGCCUGAUCCAGCCAGGUUUCCCAGUGGCAUCAAAGCACUGGCUGAUUAUAUCCAUUCCAAAGGUUUGAGACUUGGCAUCUAUGCUGACAUGGGUCUUCACACAUGCAAGCUCUACCCUGGCAGCAAGUUCUACCUACAGACAGAUGCUGAGACCUUUGCCAGCUGGGGCGUAGACAUGCUGAAACUUGACUGCUGCUGGGCAGGUGGACUGGAGGACUUAGAAACAGGCUACCAGGUGAUGGAGUUUUUCCUGAAUCAGAGCACUCGGGUCACAAACCGGCCCAUACUGUAUGCGUGCAGCUGGCCGGCAUGUUCAGGAUCGCAGACAAAAUACAAGCUGGUGGCCCAACACUGUAACAUGUGGAGAAACUUUGUGGACAUUAGAGAUGACUGGAGCUAUGUGUACAACACAAUCGAUUUCUAUGGCAACAACACCUACGGUUUCCGAGAGGUAGCAGGACCAGGUAACUGGAAUGACCCUGACGAGCUUUCCAUUGGUAACUUUGGUCUCAGCGAAGACCAAGAGAGGGCCCACUUCGGGAUGUGGUGCAUGAUGGCCUCACCGAUGUUCAUGUCCAACGACGUCCGUCACAUACGCAAGUCAUCACAGCAGCUGCUGCUCAAUAAAAACCUCAUCGCUAUCAACCAGGAUCCCCUGGGCAUACAGGCAUAUAGGCUGUCCAAGUCCUCAAAUGGCAUGGAGACCUGGAUCAAGCCCAUGUCUGGUUCCCGUUAUGCCAUAGCAGCCUUGCUGUCUAACGACUAUGGUUCCCCUGUCUGGUUCACGUCCACUCUGGCCGAUCUAGGGCUGAAUGCCACAGCUGGGUACCGUAUUACAGAGGCAUUUGAGAACCAGUUCAUGGGCAAAUAUCUGCCAAGCGACACCUUGAGGCUGCUGGUGAACCCUACUGGGAUUCAAAUUGUCGUCGCGGAAACCAUACAACAAUAAAUUGAUUUUUGUGUGUAGAUUACAUACCUAUGUAAUUUGGUCGUCAUAAAAUCCAAACGGGGAUUGGUUCUUUUAACUUUUUUAUGGUUUACAUAAGUGCAGGUGAAUAGACUAAGCAGAUUUAGAUUCAUACAUAUUGAAAAUAAUUAUGACGUGGCAUACAUAGUUUAAGUAAGGGAUUAUGGACAUGUUUAUGUCUAAAAAUGAAAAGUUUUAACACAGAAAUACAUGUUAAAUAUCAUAUGUCAAUUAUUGUUUUUGUAACUACCCGUACUUUAUAGGAUUUUUUUUUCUGAAUCAGACAUAAAAUAUAUUCUUAUAAAAUAUCCAUUGGAGAUGGGUACUUUUAUGCAAAAUUGUGUGUUUUUAAAAACAUAUUUACGAGUUUAAAAAUGUACAAAAACCCACACACCCUGCAGGGCUGCCAGCUGAUACAAUCAGGUGGUGCUAACUGAUAUUGUGGUCGCCUUUAAUUUCAAUGUCAGAUAUCUAGUAUAGUUAUCCAUGUAUGUUUUUUACGGUUUAUGAUUUUUUAGCUGGUAAAUUGCGUACAUGAAAUUGUUUGGACAUUUACAAACAGUAUCACCAGGCAUCUAAUAGUACCAAACACGGACAGUCAAAUCAUGUGACUACCAGACACAUUCACUUGUAACAAAAUCAAAGCUCUGACUUUUCUGAAAAUGGAUCAGCUGGUUGGGCAAGUAUAUUUGAAAGCUUACUUAACUGGAGCAUAAUUUAAGUCACAAAUGUGAGAGGGUGCGUGGACUUUUACACCCCUAAGAUUAGGUAAUAGUAUUGUUUAAAUUCCAAUAGUUAUACAAUUCUCUUUUUGUUUUCCAAAAAUUUUUCAAUAUUA